CACACUACAAGUACCCUUCCAUUUUCUCUCUCUCACCACCUAAAAUGUCAAAAAUCAAACACACCCUUCUCCUCUCUCUAAAAUAGAAGAAAAAACAUAGUUUCAAAUUUAGAAGUGAAAAAAGAAGUAUUUCAAACUGGCCAUUGAUAAUCAAGAUUCUACAAUCAAACACAAGAACAGAAGAAUUAUGGGUGUUGGAGGAGCUGAUGAAGAAGAAAAUAAUUGGCCACCAUGGUUAAAAUCAUUGCUUAAAGAAAGAUUUUUUUUUCAAUGCAAGUUACAUAUUGAUUCUCAUAAGAAUGAAUGCAAUAUGUAUUGCCUUGAUUGUAUUAAUGGUCCUCUUUGUUCUCUCUGUUUAUCUCAUCACAAAGACCAUAUUGUCAUUCAGAUAAGGAGGUCAUCAUACCAUGAUGUGAUAAGGGUGAAUGAGAUUCAAAAGUAUUUGGACAUUUCUUUAGUCCAAACAUACAUUAUCAACAGUGCUAAGAUUGUCUUUUUGAAUGAAAGGCCACAACCUAGGCAAGGCAAAGGUGUCACAAAUACAUGUCAAGUUUGUGAAAGGACCCUUCUUGAUUCUUUCAAAUUUUGCUCUCUUGGUUGCAAGGUUAUUGGGACCUCAAAGAACUUCAUUAAGAAACCGAGGGACUUAUCAGCAAAAAGGCAGUUAAAGGCGAUAGCAUCGGACUCCGAUGACCCUUACAGCCCCAACAACCAUAGUCGAUAUAGAAGUACCAUCAUCAACAAGGUGCAAAGUUUUAUUCCAUCGACACCCCCUCCAAGUUCUGUUAAUUACAGAACGGCCAAACGAAGAAAAGGAAUUCCACAUAGGUCCCCAAUGGGAGGACUAGUUAUAGAAUAUUAAGUCCUAAACUUAUAUACACAAAAUAUACAAUACAAUUACUGAAAAAAAUACUAGCGCCUUUCCUCCAAAAAGGCCAGUGUUUGAUAACUUUUGUCUAUAAAGAGAAAUAAUGUAAAGUUAGAGGGUGAACAUUGAAACAAAAAAAAUGGAAGGACUAAAUGUGUUAAAAUUAGAAGUUGGGAUUAGAUAAUACUUAAGUUAUUGUACUUAUUGAUAAUAUUAUACUGUUUGUUUGACUUUUGCUUUUCAAAGGUUUUGUAUCUACAAAAUUAGAUAAUACUGUCCUGUGGAUUGGAUAUUUGAACAUUUUGUAUCUAUAAAAAUGAGAGUUUUGGUAUUGUAAAUAA